CAGCGUGAAACGAACACACUCGUAGUGUUUACGUCAACCGAGAUUUUUAUGUAAGUAAAUGUCAAAAUGGGAGUGAAAACGUAAAGAAAACAAUGUGAAAUUACUGUAUUUUUUAUUCUGAGAAUGAAAAGAAUCUACGUAAUGACCCUUUAAAACCACAUCCGAAAUGUUUACUAAGAAAUCUCAUCAGGAUGUUAAGAAAUCUACUGUUAAAAUACAAGACUCCAAAAAGGAUUCAGCAACCAGACUAAAACAUUUAAAAAUCGUUUUAGAACACUUUGAUGCUGAUGAAGCGAAGAAUUACUUUGAUGGUAACUUUAGCCAUGUCUAUUUCAUUUUGUAUGAUAACUUCAUACAAGCUGAGAACAAUCUGCGGCAAAGAGAACUUCCAUUUCAUCUCGUCCACAAAGCAGGCAGAGAAGAGUUAGAAGGGGCUCUGUCUCUUCUAGACAAAGUAUUAUGUCUCCUGCCAGAGCUGAUCGGGAGAAGAUGGCAGUUACACUCAUUGACGAGAAUAUUUUCAAAACUCCUCCAUAGUGGAAACUCACAGAAAUUAAGAGCAGAGGCUAUAAGGUAUUUCUUGCUGUGGUAUCAAGCAUUGGGUGACAAUGCUCCAAGUGAAGUUCACAGAAUGUUUGCGACUCUGGUGCCCGGCAUGCCAGAGCCGACGAUACUACCCACUGGAUCCCCACUCAAACCAAAAGGAUAUGAAAUAGCAGCAAAUGAAAACAAGGGUUCCGGUGAUUUCAGUAUAGAUGAUAUCAUGCACCAUCCAAACUUCAACUCGGCUGUUGAUAAUGCUAAAAAGGUUGUAGUUGAACAAACACCAACGGGUAUAAUGGGUAAAAUAGCGAACGUGUCUGCAUCCAUAUUCCACGAUACGAAUGCUCUAAACCCAGUACAGAGUGUGGAGAUACAGCCGCUGCUGCCGCCAACCGCUAACGAAAAGGCCGUUGACAACGAGACUAAAUAUUUCUUUGAAAUACUUCUCGACGGAAUGGCCACGUCUGUUACGAAGAUACAAUGGAGGGACAGAUCUCAUACAAAGGCAAUGAGAUGUUUCGCAUUUCUACUCGAGAAAUUCAAGAUUUAUUAUUUGCCUGUUAUCUGCCCUCAGUACAAUGUUAAGAACUCAUUGUAUAAACCUAAUCUAGAACUGCCAGUCCAACACAACAUACUGGAGGACGACUACGUACUAUGCAGAGUCACGCUGAUCAAGUGGGUGGCUAGUUACGCGCACUUCAUGAAGAAGCAGGGCAGUGAGGGGGGGCAGCCGUCGUCCAUGACCAGCACGGGCUCGCACCUGCCGCACUCCAACACGCCCACGCCAGCCGCCUCGCUGCACCAUGAGGAGGAGACUUCCUUCACUGUUGGACAUCCAUCAGACUCCAGCAGAGCGUCGUCACAUGAUUCCGCUUCUAAUACUCCACAUCCGAGUUUAGAAUCAGGAUCCGGUGUCUUCGAGGAGUUAAGCUCUGAAAUGGUAGUGCGUGACGUGCUGUGCUGUUCGUCACGCGAACACGUCGACUUCACGAUAGAAGUGCUGCGUCAAGCCUUCCUGCUGCCUUUCUCCCACGCACCCGCUGUGAGACGCGUCAUAGCACUCUAUAAGGACUGGAUUCAGAUGAAUGUGGCAGAAAUCCCUCCUUUCUUGGUGGAGAAUACGUUCGAGCAGCAGGGAGGGGGCGAGCCGGCCGCGCCGCCGCGACGUCUGCGCAACGACUCCUACCUCGGCGCGGUGGGCCGGGACAAUGUUAUGGUGCGUGCUGGCCUGCAGAACGUGCUACAAAUCUUCAUGACGCAAGCGGCGAACGUGUUCCUGGCAUCAGCGUCGCCGGUGGCGCCGCCUGGUGCGCUCAGUCAGCAACAGCUGUUGGAGGAACAGACGGACACUUGCAAGCGAGUGCUCAACAUAUACAGAUAUAUGGUUAUGCAUGUCGCUAUGGACGCUAAUACUUGGGAACAGUUGCUGCUCGUGUUACUGCAAAUCACAUCGUUGGUGCUAACCAAAGUACCACCGAAACGGAAACAAGAAUCUUUAGGAGGUUUUCUGGCGCCAGCGCUUUUUCAAACCCUGAUCGUGACGUGGAUAAAGGCGAAUCUGAAUGUUGCUGUGAAGCCGGAGCUCUGGCAGAACUUUAUGGAACUUUUGUCCAGGCUCACGCAUUGGGAAGAUCUUAUUAAGGAAUGGGCGAAAACAAUGGAAACCUUAACUCGUGUGCUCGCUCGGCACGUGUACUCUCUGGACUUAUCGGAAAGUGUGAGCGGGGACAGAGGGCGGGGAGGCCGGCGGGUGGCUGCGGCCCCGGCGCCGCUACCACGCCCCGCGCUGCCGCAUCAUGCCGCCGCCGUUCUAGCUCAUAGUGCCACCAGGACGCCCGGAAAAUCUCCAAAAUCAGGCCACGAGCCCCAUCCACGCAAGGAAAUUGGAAGCACACGACGACAGCUCACUAGAUGUCGGAGCGACCCUCAUUUGACGAAACAUGCGCAAGCGCAUACGGAUACCAAAGAACCGGUCAACGACAAGCCAACAAGAAGAUGGUAUUCUUUAGAUUCGUUACGGAAUUCAUCGCAGCAAGAGGAGAGGGACUCCGCAAGUGGCUCCCGCUCUCCGUCACCAGCGCCAUCUAGUGGCGUAGAAAGCAGCUCCAUCAAGGAUUCACCAUUACAGAUAGAUCUGGCCUCCGAUGGAGGGAAUGUCGUAGGUUCAUUGGAUAUCGGUAUACCAGAAUGGACGGAGAACGAGUCGUGCGAGACGCUGGGCGGGGCCGGCGGGGGCGGGGAGGGCGUGGGCGUGGUGAUGGGCGGGCGCGCGCGCGGCUGGCUGCCCGACGUGGCGGCCGUGUUGUGGCGCCGCAUGCUGGCCGCGCUCGGCGACCCCAACCUGCUGCGCGACCCGCACGCGCACGCCAACCUCUACAACUAUCUCAUACACCUCAACACCACGCUGCUCAAGAUAAGUGCGAAUCAGACGCUGAAUGGCAACACGGAGAUCCAUGUGCCGUUCAACUUGGUGGCGGGCUGGUGUCUCGAGGCGGAGGCGCUGCCCCCCUCGCACAGGUCGGGCAAGCUGCUGGCGCUGCGGCUGCUGUGCGAGUCGACGCAGGCGCAGGGCCCGGGCGCGCCGUCCUCCUGCAACAACCGCCUGCAUCUCGCACAUCUGCAUCUGUACCAACGAGCGCUACAUCAUGGUCUGACCGGCGAGGAUCGCUCAGUGGUAGACGUGUUAGUAGAGCACGCGGCGCCGCGGUACCUCUCGCUGGCUCUCGAUGGCUACUCGCUCCUACUGCUGGACUUCGUGCACGCUUCCACUGUCGUACUCAACUCCUCAGAUAUGGGACCCUCCUGUCCUCGCACGGCCGCCGUGACAUUCCUUGGGUCAUUGCUCGCGUUGCCCGACGGCCUCAUGAACGCGCCCAUGCUGCAGCCUUACCCGCACCAGUAUAAUACCGUCUCCUGUCCCGACCUUAAAGAGCACGUGCUGAACAUAGUGGUCCGCGUGUGUCGCCGCGAGGGCGCGGCGGCGGCGCGCUGCGCGGGCGCGUGCGCGCUCACGGCGCACGUCACGCACGUGCUGGCCGCGCGCGCCAACUGCGAGCGGCUGCCCGCGUAUGUCACCUGUCUGCUGCAGAUGCUCAUGAUGAAGAACAAGAACAUAGCGAAAGUUGUGAGCGACUGCGUAUUGGUGCUAGCUGACUAUACGGACCGUAUCGUCGAAAUGUAUCCUGGACUAGCCGGUAAAAUCAUCAAGUGGAUAUGCGCGUGCCUGGCUCAGAUAUCGCCGAGUAGUUCUCGCGACUCGGUCAAGCCUCUCGCGGGCUCGCUGCUGCUGUGCCUGGCCGAGUUCGCCGUCAGGUGCGGCCCCAACUACCUCAUGCAGGAGAAGGAUGGCGACCAGACGCUACUGCUCAUGAUAUUCAAGGUUUUAUAUGCUGUAAUGAAAGGUACUAAUGGUGCGGACAUCGAAGGCCUGUCGUUACCCGUCGACGAAGACUUCGACCCUAACAUACAACUGGACAAUCUAGGACCAAAGGCAACGCCGGCUUCCACCAUAGACGUCAAGCUUUGGGCGCAGACCAUAUGCACCCAACUAGUACUAUUCCUGGGACACUGGCCUCUAUGGAACGGCUGGCAGGUGUCGUCAUCAGUGUGUGAGCAACACGACAGCCCUACGUUGGGUGGCGAGCUGGGGCCCGCUGUGCUGUCGGCGCCUCACGUACAGAUGCUGCGGUUGAGUGACUCUACUCUAGCAUCGUUUAUUGAGCUGCCGGCGCUUGAUAUGCCUGCCGCUACCACACCAGGUCUGAUGACGUCAGACCGGCAAGUGCGUGUGUUGCUGCGCGACAUCGCGGGCAAGGCGUGUUGGGACGCCUCCGCGCUAUACUACGACCCCUCCAUAGCCUCCUCCGAGACUGUAGAACCUUUACAAUUGCCUGACAGUGCGGAAUGCCCGCGAGACAACACGUUGUCAUCGCUGCCGCCGCCUCUGCCGCCCGACCUGCUGCCCGACUACAAAAACUGCCCUCCCGACAAACAUCAACUAGACCACGUGUUAGCGUACAUCGGCCACACGUCCCCGGAGGUGGUGUGCGGGCGGCGGCUGGACGAGGCGGGCGCGUCCCCGCUGGCGCCCGGCGCCGAGGACGAGCUGGUGGCCACGCUGGUCGCGCACCGGAACCACGAGAGACAUUACCUCGCCACCAGGGACAGUAGUGAGGAGGAGGAGAUCCCGGCGUGCAGCGCUCCGGCGGCGGGCGCGACGUUCGGCGUGUGUCGCGCGCUGUGCGCCCAGCUGGGCACGCUGGCGCCCGCGCGCCGCCCGCACGCGCAGCUGCUGCGCCGCAGCGACCGUCUGCUGCGCGAGCUCCGCAACCUCGACGCGCAGAGGUGUCGAGAAACACAUAAGGUUGCAGUGAUAUACGUAGGCAAGGGACAAGAGACGCGUAAUGAAAUCCUAUCAAAUCGCUGUGGCAGCCCUGCGUAUGAAGCCUUCUUAGCAGCUCUAGCGUGGGAGGUGGAGCUGGAGAGCCACGUGGGCUUCACGGGCGGGCUGCGCGGCGGGGGCGGCGGCGGUGUGUCGGCGCCCUAUCUUGCCGCGCUAACUUUAGAAGCUCUCUUCCACGUUGCCACGCGCAUGCCUGCGGACUCGCCCGACGCUAUACUCAACAAGACCCGUCACCUGGGUAACGACGAGGUGCACGUGGUGUGGAGCGAGCACUGGCGGCCGUACAAGCGCGACACGCUGCCCACACAGUUCUGCGACGUGCUCAUCGUACUGUACCCGCUGCCCGGCGGCCUGCUCCGGUGUACCGUGUCUAGGAAGCCCGAUGUGUGCGUGUUCGGUCCGCUGUGGGAGGAGUGCCUGAUCGGGCUGCGCGGCUGCGCGGCGCUGGUGCGCGCGGCGGCGUUCGCGGGCGGGCGCGCCGUGCGGGCCACCAUGCCGCUGUACCAGCACGCCUACGCCGAGCGCGCGCGCAGUCUGGACGCGCUGGUCGCGCAGCACACGCUGCCCGCCACCUUCGAGGCCUUCGUGGAGCGACUGCGCGAGCCCGUGCCCGCGCCCGCGCCCGCCCACGGUAACCAUGCCCCGCCGCUCCCGCCGCCCGCCCGGCCCAACCGCCGUGCGCGGACUAAACAUUCCCCGGAUACAUAGCCUAGGUGCUUCUUUUUGGUUUUUUCUUUUCCUGGAGCACGAGUCUGCCGGGGAAUUUUUCAAGUAACUAUAUGUAUAUAUUUUUGUACUAACCAAACUUCCUUGUAUUCGUGUUAUUUUAUAAAUGAAUGUCGCGGUCACUAACUAUGAAACUUGUGUGCAGAUCAAGGCACGGGACGCUUGGCGGCGGCCCUGCUGGACCACGGCGCCAGCUCGUGGGGCGGCGCGCAGG